CUGAUGGCCUGCCUGUCUUUUGGAGGGGAAAUUUGGGAAAAACGAGUUGCUUGAGCUCGAUCAGACCAAGUUAGACCAAUAAACGCAAUAAACCCACCAACGGACCCAGGAUUGACCCGGAGUCGCCAGGCCCGUCGCCAGGCCCGUCGCCCGUACUCCCACACCCAUCCACAGCCAUGGUAUGAUCGAGACAGCGGUGUUGUGAUUAUUAUUGCUGUUGAGGGUUUGAAUCCCGCCCCAAAUCCCGCCCAGUCUCCGCCCAGCCCGUGAGACCGAGCGUUUGCCGGCCAUUGGUUAUUGGUUGGCUCACCGGGUUGGUUUCGGGGUGCGUUUUGGUGGUGGUGGCCUCAGGAGGUGGGCCCGUGGCUGUUCAUCAUGAAGUUCGACUACAGCGACGUGGCCACAUUCAACCAAGUCUUAUUAGAGCUCUACCGGGAAUUGCCCGAAAAUCUGCGGCUCCAAGGUCCGCAAUUAUCAGCCGUCGAGGUGUUGAUUGAGGUCAUCGAGUAUCUGCGGUUCCUCAAGAAAACCAAUAGCAAGAUCUUGAUCAAAGAUACGCCCAUCACGCUCACCACGGCCACGCCCAGUUUGACCGGCCAGGUUAAUAUCGCUCAGGCUACUCUCCCGAUCGGAGGCAGUGUCACGCCCAAAGCCGGUCCAGUCACGGCCACGGGUGCCGCCGUCACGCCCGCGCCUUUGUCGUCAUUGCAGCGGCUCAUUCAAAAUUCGGCCCAAGAAGGACCGGGCGGGCAACGGAAAUUCGUGCAAAAUGAUUCCAAUAAACCCCAAACGAUAUAUUUGCCACCCGGCGGCAAAUUGGUCCAAGUACCGGGUGUGGGCCAAAUCAUCCAGUUGCCGGAUCAUCCUCCGCCCAAGGGACCCAAUUACAAACCCACGGUGCUGCAACUUCAGCCCGGCGCUAAAGUGGCCAUUGCCAAGGAAAGUUUGCUCAGCAAUCAAACGGGCGGUUCUGUGGGCGGGCUCCAGCCGGUCAAGACUAUUUUGGGCCAACGCCCGAGACCUCUGGCUCCCGCCACGUCCAAAUCUCCGGUGGUACUGACCUCAAGCGGCUUGACCACGGCUGGCCCACGCCCUGCCCUCCCCACCGCCAUCAGUGGGGGUCAAAGUUUGCUUCGCGGUCAGCAGCCGAUUACUAUUAUGGCCAAAGAUCCCUCGGGUGUGACACGCCCCAUUACCAUUAUGGCCAAUCCCGGUUCGACGACUAUGGCUUCAGGCCCAGCGGUGGUCCCUACUCUACCCGUGUCUAAAUCCACACUACCGACCAAAUUGGUUAAUGGCCAACCGCAUGCGGUCUUUUGUCAUCCCGAAUGCACAUGUCCACUCAAUGAUGAAGCCUUGACCAUACCCGCCUCGUCCAUGACGGAAAUGUUCCAACAUUUCGAAAAUGCUAUUGUGCCCAAUGCCCUGUGGUCCAAUUUCACGGCCAUGAAAAGCUACGAAAACCGAAAGUACCUUUACACUUCGCUCAUUCUCAAACUCAAACGAGUCGAUUUGCACCGUCUUCUACGCGCUGUGGCCAUGUCACCCCAACGAGGAAAUGGGGCCGACUGCGGAUGCAUUCCUUUGAAGGUUCUCGACAAGGAUGCCGCCGGCCUUUUUGAGCCCACGCGAGGCUCCUCCUACAGUAUCAUUUUAACCCUGUUUCACCUUUUCCGACGGUACGAUGGCACCGGGCUCGACAGCGAUGCUUGGGUCAUUACGUCCAGAAAAGAAUGUAAAACCCUAACAUCUCCAUUUUACCAAGUCUCGAUGAUGUGUAUCAACCCGUGGCACUUCGAAAGAACCGACAAGUUCUUCUUCAAGCCCCGCGAAACCUUUUCGCACACUUGCCAGAUCCGGCUGAGAAUUUUCACCCACAAGUCCAUCAAGUACGUGUGUCCGAUCUGCCAAGACGUGUUAAGAUCCAUCGUGCCUUUGGUUGACAAUCCCAAACUCCAGAAACGAGCUGAAUCCGAAAACAAUGGGUUCUUGAAGAUUUCCGAAUCUUCGAGUCUCCAAACCAAGAUUAAGGAUGAACCAAUGGAUAUCACGGAUGCAGCAGACGGGGAUCAACUUGAAGACGUCAGACCUAACAUCAAAAUUGAGACGAGUGAAGAUGAUCUUAAUGAUCAGGAGAUGGGCGGUGGUUUGGUAUCUGGCCUGUCUCCCGCCAAUGAUACUCAGAGCCCUAAUCAUGAAGCCGAAGAGGACGAAGUUGAAGAUCCCUUGGAGAAUCAUGACAACAACCAGGAAGAAAACGGCGAUCUCCGAAACGCGAUAGAAUCCUCGAGUGAAGAGCCAGACGGCAAGCAAAAUGCAGUGAUGAACGGUCGAUGUCAGCAUUGCUUAGCUGUUCCAGAAUCAGAUAGCCUUAACCACCAAUGCAUGAUCAGUGACAAGGAAUCGGCCACGUUCACAUGUCAUUACUGUGGUUACUGUGACAAUGAUCUUGAAAACAUUCAAUCUCAUGUGUCGCGUUGCCGAAGCUUUGGAGUAAGUCCACGGGAUGACAUCGGUUUACCCCUUGGGCAUCCCAUAUAUCCUCCCAAGGAUCGAAAACCGGCUCGCCCAAUACAUCGGAGGUGCCCUCAAUGCAAGGCAUGCUUCGUGACCGAGAAUGAGUUAGAAGUGCAUAGGGAAGACGCUUCUUGCCCGUCCUACCAUUGCCCUGAGUGCAAGCAGACAUUUGUCUCGAAGCGACCUCAUUGUUGCUUAGAUUAUCAACUCGAGAGUUCAGACGAACGUGAGAAUAUCAGUGUCGUCUUGUUAAAUCCUCCGUUGAAAGAUAAAACACCUGUGACAUGCCAAACCUGCCAGAAGCUCCUGGCCCAUUCGAAAGUCUACGAGGAUCACACGGCUCAAGAGGCUCAUGAAUGUGAAUUGUGCAGCGAGGAAUUUGAAUCUUUGUGCCAAUUGCUCACACACAGCUGCGACUAUCUCCAAGUGAUGCUAUGAACUCGUCGACAUCAAACCUCAAGUCUCUCUCUCAAACUCACUCUCAGAACAUGCUUUGAAAAGCAAGAGGAAAGAAAGCUCCAUGAUUUGCGUAACCGCAUCUACAGCCUCAAUAAAUAUGACGGUUUAAAUGUGAGUGAGGUGUAUUUCAUUCUUCAGCCAUCCAAGAAACUCCUGACGAAUUCUUGGGAGACUUCCACAGAGUUUAAAGCGUGAUUGAAGAUCGACAACGACCCUAGAUGAGAAUCGAAGGGUAUGUUGUACGCGUUCCGUCCGAUUUCCAGCAUGUUGAUCCCACCAUAAUCCAAGAUCAACGGCAGACCUGGAUUGUGUACCAACGCUUGACUGUUGAACAAUGUUCCAUUGAUGUAAAAACUGAUCUGUUCUGAAAGUUAAAUGAAAGAAAUUAGUUUUUACCAA